AGUACAUCCUUUGUACACACUUUUUUGUCCUUCCUCCCUAAUCCAUGGCUGUUUGCUUGCUUGCUCGCUUCUAUUCUGGAGCUCUCCUCCUCUCGGUUGCAUGGAUCUAAUCCCUCCCUGCAUUACCCACUACUACCCCAUUACAGUACAGUGCGAACUUUCUUAGCUUUCUCCAACCGAUUCUCGAGUCCCGCCUCACAUCGCACAUCGCUCAUCGCGCAGCUUAAAACUCCCUUGCGCUGUGUGUACUAUUGGACGAAAAGAGGAAACGCCGUCGCUCACCUCUCUUUUGCCUCUUGGUACCAGCACAGUACUCUCCCAACCCGUCGCUGUCGGCAAGCCACUUACUUCCCUCCUCUUAGUUCCGUGCUUCCUGCAACAAUACCUUCCAGACUCCCGCCCGAAACAUUUCUCCCUCGUCCUCUUGCCCUUCUCUUUGCUUCACUCGUUCGCCCCCUCAGACACUGAGCUUCCCUGAACAGCUGGGCCCGACACUGCAGAACAGACCGGCCCCUUGCGCGUCCCUCCGCACAACCCCUCAUUCCGCCUCUGAAAGCCUGCCAUCUCCCUGCCGCUGCACCGUUUCGUACACCUGCAACGAACCACCAACCCGGAUCCCAAGCUUCGACACAAACAGCCGCACCUCCCCCCUCUCCCCCACCCACCUCACUGUCAACAUCUCGUCAUUCAGUCCUGCAGAUCUCCUACCCGCUCCACGACCCCCGUUUGCGCCAGGGAGGGUCGCACCUGCGCCAGCAGACUCCGAAAACAGAACAACGGGGACGUACUGUACUUCCGAGAGUAUCCAAGGGUUGUUCAAGGGUCAUAUCUAGUCAGUUACCUUAGCUCAGAGUGCGCGCUAGCUCGUCCUGCGGUUUAGGUCCCGAUCGAUCUUACUCCCACAGUCGGGAGAGCCCAGCCCGGCAAACAUCCACCCACCCACCUACCCGCCACACCCACCACAACACCAUCACCAGCUAUACACUGCACAUCGACUCGCUCAAAAGGAGCAAACACUUCCUGCCCGUGUACGACGCUGCUCCAUGAACUGCUGCUCGCCACUCCUCGAACUACUACUGGCCACAACCACGGCCAUGCUCCUAUACAUUUGAUCCCCUCACCCGCAGAAUCUCUCGAGCUGUCGUGUCUCUGUCGAAUUCCCUUGGGAAGACAGCCCUCCAAGUUGGACUCUGACGCAGAUGGUGCCCUGCCCUCGUCGAAAUCCUGUGCUACCGCAUCCGCGCUGUGAACUUUGCAACCCGAAAGCCCCAUCUCAGACCGUCGAUACACAGACACACACACACCGCCUCCUGACCGUCGGUUCUGGUCGCACAUACCCGGACGAGUGCAUGGGAUUAGACGCUCGCUGGUGUCAUUUUUUGCCAUAGCCCCUCAGAGUGGAAUCUCUGCGUCUUAAUGCCCAGCGCAUCGCCCAUACUUAUAAGUCGACAUGGAUACUGGACCCCCCGACGCGAAACGCAUACGGGCUGAUCCGAGCCCUUGGUCUGCGAACGAGUCCCAUAUUCAUAGACAUCCCGGAGGACACCCGUACCCUCAGGCAACGCUUCCGCAACCACAACGUCGACUAUCAGGCCCCCGGCAACACUACGAGCCGGACAAUACGCGCCGACACUCACAAGCCCAUCCCUACGAUUCCUACGGAACGCUAGGGCCGCGAGAUCCAGCCAUCAAGCCAGAUCCCAACGAGCCACCCCCGUUACCCAACUCGAGGCCACACUCGGAGGGACGCCGCAACGAGGGCCACGCCAAUAUCCCCCCGGGCGACUUGCGCGUCCAACAUAUGAGACCAUACGAUCAGCCGCCGGCCCCGUCACAGGGCCCCCAGCAUUACAUCCCGCAAUCGCAACCGCAACAGUCACCGAUGCAUACGCCUCGGCCAGGGCAGAUUGCCUACGAAGGAAAUGGCAUGUACGAGCAGAAUGGAGGAGAGGGGGCAUCGGGGGUUCCAUUCGAGUAUACGGGGGUCGCGAGCUCACAGAAGAAGCGAACGCCACGAACUACAAUGGCUUGCGACGCUUGCCGCGCUGCGAAGGCGAAAUGUACCGAUCCCAAGCCGUGCCAGGGAUGUAAAGACAAAGGCAUCGACUGCAAAUUUCCUGAGCCUGCCCAGAAACCGGCUGAUAGGGCACAGUCGGAUAUAAUAACUCGUAUGGGCGAGCUGAUCAAGGAGGUCCAAGAUUCGCGCGCGAGUGUCGUACGUGAGGUUAGGCAGCUUAGACGUGAGGUUACGAGACUGCAUGAUCGGCAAAGGGUCAUUGAAAGGGGCCUUUGCCCAGCUAAUCCUGGCUUGUCUGUUCUUCUGGACGCUUACGACGAAAAGACGCGCCAGAUAAAAAAAGAAGACGACGCCGAUGACCUAUAUGAAUUGGAACGACCCACAAAAAGGCACAAGUCGGAAACAAAUGGCGUCGGUUUCACCCACCCCGAAGAUGAUGGGCUUGGGGAUGACCAGGCGGAUUCGGAUGAUGGGAGCGAGAACCACGCCGUGGCGAAUGUGCCACCUGGCGAACCUGCGAUACCCGAGGGCCACACCACUGGUGCUGCCCUCGUCCUCCUGUGGGACGCAGUGGGGGCCAUGGUGAAGGAACCGAUGAAGAAAGACAAAAACAGAGGCCUUAACCCACUACGGCGCGAGAUUAGUCGCGGAGUUUUGAGUCUGUACGGACGUGGUGAGGGUUUUGAACGGUCAGUAGGAUACGACAAGGACUCUAUGCCAGACUACGGCCUCGAACCUCCGAGGUCGAGCAGCGAUACCUAUUCUGAUCCGGCACAUUCACCAACAGUUGAGCAAAUUUGGAGCCAAGGCGCACAAAGCCCCGUGGCAGACUCCUACCUGUUCCGCGCCGAGAGCGAUGCUAGAGCGGCCGCGGUUGAUACAACAGGGCCUCCGAUCCUAGAUGAAAAAACGGUGCGGCGCCUAGCGGCGAGCUACAUGAAUUAUUUAAAUGUCAUGCAUCCAAUCAUAACCCAGAAGUCCCUCGACGGGAUGAUUACCAAAUUCCUGCAGAAUGUGCAGAGUGUUGGGGCGCCAGAGAAAGAUGGAGCAGGGUACAACUUCGCGUCGUUUGCCGGCAAUACUGAUACCACCGGUUCCAAGCGGAAACGGUCGCCAACGGUGUCAGGCUCCGAUCAUACUUUUGCACCACAGCUCGGCCACGGGUGGCGCCAGCAGACAAUCAGCGAGGCCAUCGUGCUCUUGAUCCUAGCUUUGGGCAAGGUAUGCGAGCACCAGAGCAAGAUUCCCGAUGUCGUCCCAAACAACGAUAGCUCGACAAUGAACUCGCCUGCGAAUCAUGUCUCGCCCCCGAUAAUGCACCAGUCGCCACAGUUGUCAUCGCACUCGUCGACGCUGCCGUCGCCGAUUAUGCAGGACCGGGCACAUCAUCGCAGCUCAAGCGACAUACCCAGUGCCCGAUACCCACCUGGUACGCGUAACCUCGAUAUUGUACCUGGCUUGCCGUAUUUUGCCGCUGCCACGGAAAUCCUAGGAAACCACCAAGGCGGCACAGGACUGCCAUUCGUUCAUGCCUGCUUGCUUGCCGGCUUGUACCAUAGCCAACUUAGCCGUGUGCUGCAGAGCCACGCGUGUUUGAAGGAGGCUGGAUAUGCGCUGACCAUUAUGUUGAAACCACAUCUUCCACGUUAUAAGCAGAUGCUAGAGGAUAUGGGCGAUGCAGUUCGGCGACCUCAGAUCAAGUGGCUUCCGGAAGAUAACCGUACCCUGUUUACGUUCUGGACUUGCCUCCAGCUAGAGAGUGACAUCGUCGCCGAGCUAGACGUACCACAAUCGGCUAUCCUCUCGCUUGAGUCUAUAAUGCCGUGGCCGAACCUGGCCAUGGCGGAACGUAACAACGAGAUAUCCGCGAAGGCAUCAUGGUGCUAUUCCAUGCAGCUCGUAUACCGGAAGAAACUUAAUAUUAUACACCGGGAUCUGUAUGGUCCAGGGAAGGAGAAUGAGUACCAGCUUGCAGAAGUGAACAAGCUCCCAAAGUUCCCUUACAUCAACGCGAUGCUCGAUGAGCUUAAGAAAGUGAUGGACACCAACCCCAACCUCGUGUGGGGCGGGGACGACCCUCCAUCCUCGGACAUCCUCGAGGCGCGGCUGCGUGCUAAGAUGUACGGUGCGGAGGUUAUCACGACCCGUCAUUUCUUGCGCAUGGUACUUAAUAGCCGAUAUGACGGUAAUCAAAAUAUGGUGAUCUCAGCGCCGAUCAUGGAGUUUGCGCAGCAGUGUAUUCGCGCCAUGUUCCACUCGGCGCAGGCGUUUUGGGGCAUCCAGGGUGGAAGGCUUGUGGUUACUAAUGUUUGGGGGACGUCACAUGCCCAAUGGGGACAUGCCAUCGUCCUUCACGCCGCCUACAGGGACCCCCGGUUGCGCCCUUACGUUCCCAAGCGCGAUCUAAUAGAGCUAACCAAACGGGUACGCCAAUUCCUCGUGUCGGUGGCGCACCCAAGUAGUGCUCUUGCGGACGACAUUCGAAUCCUAGACUAUGCGACUGAUGCGUCGGGGUUGGGGGAGGAAGUUGCAGCGAUGUCGAGGAGAGGAUCACGAGUGGGGUCAAGGGGAGGAUCGGGUGGAGCGGGAAGCAGUUUUGGAUCAAACGGCCCAGAUGUGGGGUCGCAUAAUAGGGCUUAAGGGGCCGCGGCGUGGCUGCUAACCUUGGUUGCGGCAACGAACGGAUUGUGUCAGCCCGGCAAAUAUCGGACAUGCUUGGAACCUCCGACACAUUCGACACCUUGGCUCAUUACGGUGUAUAUGUACGGAUAUAUCUACAUAUACCCAUCCCGGUACCGCGCACAACAGAACGCGCGCAUACGGAUCAUACAUUUUACCUCAUCUAAUUUCAACACAUAUAGCACGGUGACAACACAACACAUCACCUUCUCUGGCGCGGCUGCAACGGACAGGCAGCGCGCAUCGUACAUAUACACUUACGCAUAUACUUACUCACGUACAUACCCACACCUGAACACAUAACCAAACACCAAAACCGAGGAUGUGGAUAGGUGAACGGGGUGAACGGGUGAGCGGGGCGGACGGAUAGGGGCGUGGACAGGGCGGCUACUUGACAUAAUGUUUUUUUUUGGCGGCAUUUGAUUUUAUUUUCGCGCAUGGUGGGGG